GAAGAAUUGAGAGCAGGCGUUCUUGAGUGACGGUCCCAACUUGAUGCUUGAUGGAAAAUCCUGUUUGAAGGAUUUCCCUGGCAUGUGCUUUGCUUCAACACGUUGCGCUACGGUCGAACCAGGCAAGACAUGGGAGUUGACACCAUUUUGCGGACGUUCAACUUGUGUUCAAAACGAUGAAAACCCUUCCAAAUUGCUGGAAUUAGUAGAAGACUGUGGUCCACUGCCUUUGGCUAAUGAGAAAUGCAAAUUGGAUACUGAAAAAACGAACAAGACGGCGCUUUUCCCUUACUGCUGCCCCAUUUUCACCUGUGAGUCCGGCGUUAAGCUUGAAUACCCCGAAAUCACGAAGGAAGAACCGAAAAAAGAAUAAUUUAAAAGUAAAUAAUAGCAGACUUUGUUGCAAUUUGUUAACGAUCAGCAAGAAGUACAGUUUAGAUCCAAAACCAUUUUACAUAGAUUAUCAACUACAGCCAUCGUUCUGUUUCGAUUAACAUAUACAUAUAUAUAACGCGAAGUUGCGUUAUCUUAUAUGUACAUUCUAUUGAAUAGCGCCCGUCUUUGCUCAAAUAUGGAUGGAUAUAUAUGCCUGAAAUGAAAUCAAUUGUAUUAUAAUUUUCACUGUUUACGUUUAAAACUUAUAAUGUUAAUACAUGCAGAAAAGUAGUGAACUCUUUUAUAACCAUAUUAAUUCAAGAACAUAAAUGCAGACAUUUCGCACAUCAUUCGGGAUUGUACUUAAAAUAAAAUAUGUAGAAUGUGCGUAUCGGAAGUUAAUAUGGUGAAUUAAACAUUACUAUUAGGAGUAAAAAAUCUGUAUUUGCAAUAGAAAAGGUAAAUGCUUGUCAAAACUGUGAAAUUGAUUAUAAUAAGCUGAGACAUCUACAAUAUUUUGGUCGACAAUCACAAAAAGGCAGAAAUGGUUUCAUAACAUUUUUUAUUGGCGAUGAAAACUAGGCUCAUCGAAAUUUGAAGACCAUGUAGCAGCAGUAUACCCAGAAGUGUAUCCCAGAUACUGCUCAUUCCGACUUCUAUCUUAUUUGAACAAUAACGCAUAGCCUGAUUAAGUAUGUCUCCAACAACAUGUAGUUUUUGUUUUUUGGCUUGGAACAUCUAUAUUUUCUUCUAGGCGAAUCCUUUUGGGAACUAACUUAUCUUCAAGCUAGCUUAUUCUCCCGAAGAGGAUUCACUUGAACAUAAAUAUAAGGUGCGUAAAGCCAGUUAACAGAGCAUUCUUGCGUUAAUAUAAAAAAAAACAGGCUGUGCUGCUUUUUUAAACAUGUAAGUACAUUAUGGAAAGCCAAGAACUGUAGAAUGAAUUAACGAUAUUGAACAUUUUCUAAAAGAGGGUAAACUUAAUUUAAUAUUUAAUAUUGUUUCAAUAUUUAACAUGAAAUCAAAUAUAAUAUAAUAAAAAUA